AUGGUAAAUUUCUAUUUCUAUGACGUGGACGUUAAGUGUCCCGGAGCAAAUUUGAGCGAAGAAUCAACUUUGAAUCCCAUAUCUAUAACUACCAAUACCUAUACCAAUACCUCUACCACUACCACUCAUGUACCCAUAGUUACCACUGUUGUACCCAACAAACCAAAGAAAAUCACGAUCCUACGAGAAAACAACUGUAACGUUCCAACUAGUAAAGAUUCUGAAAGUUAUUCGAUUUCCAGAGGAUGGGAAUCGAUUUCUAUAUUUAAUGAUCCCAGUGGAACCAAGAAGUCUGAAAUAGCAGUUGUCUUUGAUAACGAUGAGGACACGUGUUUUACACUCCCAACCCAAGAAGACUUCACGCCUUUCUUAAUGAUGAGCCUACCGACAGAACCUGUCUUCGGUAUUCAGGCAAAAGCUUUCACUCUUAACAUAUCAGGGAUAGGCAUAUCAUGUGACAGGCACUCAAAUGCCCGGAUGCUUCAGGUAUCCUACAGAGCCAUCAAGGAACCGACCCAGUUCUGUACUCUGACAGACAACAAGGCUGUACCUGACGCUUUUUCACGUUGUGUGUUUCGCUGUGUCUGUCCAGACCCCGCCCACUGUAGAGACGUCAAUCUGUAUUUAGCCAGCGGUAAUGCUAAGGGGGCGUGGUCUCUCUGUGAAGUGAAAGCUACUAAUUCCUAAGUUUGUUUGAAUUAAGAAGGGAAUAGAACUUUUAAAUGAGAAUAAGAAUAACAGGAUGAGAUUUUAAUAGAAGGAAUUCUUUGGGAUUUUUAAUAUCCUAGUCAGAAAAGUGGUGAAAAUUAAUGAUGUUGAUGAAAAUGAAUUAGUUGAAAAUAUACAAUGUCAUAAUGUUUUUCAAUGAAGAAAUGUAUCAGUUGGGUUGUAAUUUUUAUUAAGAUU